GAGCAACAUUCGCAAUCGCACACCGACAAGAAUAUAAACAAAUAAAUAAAUCAGUAUAAAAAAAAACAAAAAUAUAAAUAAAGGCACGCGGUGCGAAGUUUACGCAACUGAUCAUGUGCUAAUCGCGAACAGGCGAACCCGAUUUCAAACUGAUGUGAAGGAAGAGAAGAGAACGCUAGCUUAAAGCAAUCGACUCUAUAAAUUCUCCUUAACACAUCCUGGUUCUCCUAUACCAAAAACCCACUUAAGAUUUGGGAGGGAUACAGUCAUCAUAUUGCCUUCCCAAAGACACCAAUACCACCCGUUUUAUCGCCAUGACGAUCUCUGUGAAGAGGAUCUCCCAGAAGCUGGUUAUCCCCUCUGAGCCCACUCCCACCGGCAUUCUCCACCUCUCGUGGCUCGACCGAUACCCGACGCAACGAGCCCUGAUCGAGUCGCUGCACGUAUUCAAGAAUGGCCAUGAGGUGGCAACGGUCAUAAAGCGGGCGCUGGCCAAGGCGUUGGUCCCCUACUACCCUCUCGCCGGCCGGCUCGUGGUGGCGGACCAGGGGGAGCUCCAGGUGUCAUGUACCGGAGAUGGAGUCUGGUUCAUCGAGGCAUCGGCCAGCUGCAGUCUGGAGGACGUGGAUUAUUUGGAGCACCCUUUGAUGAUAUCAAAGGAUGAGUUGCUGCCUCAUCCCGAGCCAAAAUUAGACGCUUCUCACGAGGAGGAAUUGCUUUUGCUGGUUCAGGUCACCGAGUUCGCUUGCGGUGGAUUUGUGGUGGGCCUCAGAUUCAGUCAUGCCAUUGCUGACGGCCCAGGAGCAGCACAAUUCGUGGCAGCGGUUGCAGACUUUGCCAGAGGUCUCACACAGCCAACGGUCGAGCCCGUCUGGAACAGAGAUGUCAUUCCAAAUCCACCAAAAUUCAGAUCGGCUCCUCCACCAACCCCGUCCGACAUCCACCUACAAUAUUUCAUGAUGGAUAUCUCGUCGGAGUACAUCAAUCAUCUAAAGAACCAAUUCAUCGAGCAAACGGGUCAGAUAUGCUCCACUUUCGAAGUCCUCAUCGCCAAGGCUUGGCAAAGCCGGGCACGGGCGAUUAGGUUCGAGCCCGAGGCUAACGUUCAUCUUUAUUUCGCCAUGAGUGCUCGCCCGUUACUGCACCAACUGUUGCCUUCCAAAGGAGGUUACUAUGGAAACUGCUACUACAUCAUGAAGGUCACCGCAACGAGUGGGAAAAUCAUGGAGUCUCCCAUUGUGGAGAUUGUGAGGUUGAUUAAAGAUGCUAAGAAGAGGCUGCCUGUCGAAUAUUCCAAGUGGGCUAAAGGAGAGCUCAAGGAGGACCCGUAUAAGCUGACAACGGCCUAUGAUUCAUUAUUGGUGUCGGAUUGGACCCAUCUGGGGUUUUCCCAGGUCGACUAUGGGUGGGGAACACCGGUGCAUGUCGUUCCGUUGACGAAUUCUGACAGCAUAGCUACGUGCAUCCUAGUCAAGCCAUCUGCGCCCAAGCGAGGUGCUCGUUUGAUGACGCAGUGUGUCACGAAGGAACACCUGAUGGCAUUCCAUGAUGGAAUGAUGAACCUGGUCUAGAUUUUUUUUUUUUUGCCUUCUCGUUUUUUUUUUUUUCACCUGUUGAAAGCAACGGGCAGAAGGUUUGCUCGUCUUUCCAAUGAAUAAUUCGAAAUGUUUGAUUUAAAUUUAUUUACUGCGGAGUAGUACCCUACUUUAGUA